CUGCCUUCUGCUCUUCCUGGUGGUUCCUCUCCUUACGAGCCUUCGCAUGUCCUCGUUUUGUUUUUUCCUGUAUGUGUAUCUGGAAUAUGACUGUGGGUGUCACUGAGCAUUCUUGCAGGUGUCCCGUUUGCCUCUGAGGUAGGCCCAGGGCCAUAGGAUUUCCUCGCGUAGGCUGCACAGAUUUUGUUGCAUUUGUCACCUUUCGGCUGCAGGAGAGACAGCAGCACCCAGCUUCAGGGUUGGCUCUGUGCCAGCCCAAAGCACCUACUUCCUGAUACUUCCUUCCCCUCCCCCUUACAUUAAACUACCACUGAAAAAAGAAACAGUUUAGCGGUCCUAUUUCCAUACAGUUACAAAGCGGUGUCAUGCAGUUUCUUGAUAUCUCUUGGUAGAGUCAAUUGAAUUUCUUGCUAAAUGGGCUUUAAAGAAUCAAGAAUCUGAUUAAUAUUCCCAGUCCUUCAACCAAAAUACAUGCCAAAGCUAUGGUGACCCCUCACUUAAGCUAGUUCAGGCUUCUCUCUACCUUCUUGGUAGCUUCUUGCUUUUGAAGUCCUUAUGUAUUUGUUCCAAUUCUUUGUUUUCUAGCUAACAUAUGUACAUAACUCUUGUUGCUUAUAUCUGUUCCCCACUCUCCAUGGUGAGAUGCGUUAUCUAGGCCAAGACUUUGUUCUCGCUUGUCUUCAAAGCACUUAAGAGGCUUCUGAGUCUUCAUAUGUAUUUCCAUGUAAAAGAGUGGGGGGAGAAAUCUUUCUUAAGUCAGACUGUCAUUGUUGCUUCCCUGUGGUACUGAGAACUUCAGAUUUGCUUUUAGAAGUUCCUGGUAUAGUAGGCACCUUUAAAUCAGUACUAUAUAAUCUUCUGCUUUUUUUAUUGGUUUGCUGAUUAACUGAUAAGCCAGUGCUUCGCAAAAGGCUGUUGGCAGCUGGGCCUGCCAUGCAGUUUGGAGGACAAAGUGUGACUAAAGUCUGGCUUGGAGGGAGGACAAAAAUUAACCUAAAGUAAUGCUGAUGUGACACUUUUAUUCAAACUUUCAGUUCAUAAGGCAUCUGUCAUUUUUACAGAUAGAGAUACUGUUCCUUCUUUUUCUCCUCCACCACCCAAAUUAAAUUGUGGUAUGGCGGGAUCACAAGAACGAAUAAGUAGCUGUGGUAGAUUUGCAUGCAGGACUCCAAGAGGAAAAACUAUCUAUCUGUCUCAGUAACUCUGACUUAGCCAUCUUGGAAUAAUGUUCACAAAAAUCCCCAUAUGCUGAUUCCUACUCCGGAUAAAGAUGAUGAUCCAGUUGGUGUUGAUUACUCUCAAUUUAUUCAUCUAAGUGUUGUUCCAACUAGAGCUUCACCACUACCAAUUCUGGGCUGGGCAAACAGAGAUGAUGUGUGGAAAAAUAUGAUAAGUAAAGAGGAGAUGUAUGUGAGAGAUAAACAUUAUAUGCAAAGGCACCCUCUUCUGCAACCUAAAAUGAGAACGAUCCUUCUAGACUGGCUAAUGGAGGUUUGUGAAGUCUACAAGCUUCAUAGAGAAACUUUUUAUUUAGCACAAGAUUUCUUUGAUCGGUUUAUGGCAACACAACAGAAUGUUGUAAAAACACUAUUGCAGCUUAUUGGGAUCUCUUCUUUAUUCAUAGCAGCAAAGCUUGAGGAAAUUUAUCCACCGAAGUUGCACCAGUUUGCGUAUGUUACAGAUGGAGCUUGUACAGAAGAUGAAAUCCUCAGUAUGGAAUUGAUCAUUAUGAAGGCUCUUAAUUGGAACUUAAAUCCACUGACAGUUGUAUCAUGGCUAAACAUUUACAUGCAAGUUGCCUAUUUAAAUGAGCUUUAUGAGGUGCUGCUGCCACAAUAUCCACAGCAAAUAUUUGUACAAAUAGCAGAGCUUUUGGAUCUCUGUGUACUGGAUAUCGGCUGCUUGGAAUAUACAUAUGGAAUACUUGCAGCUUCUGCUUUGUACCACUUCUCCUCAUCUGAGUUGAUGCAGAAAGUUUCAGGUUAUGAAUGGUGUGAGAUAGAGGAAUGUGUAAAGUGGAUGGUUCCAUUUGCAAUGGCUAUAAGGGAAGUAGGAAGCUCCAAACUCAAACACUUCAGAGGCAUAGCUCCUGAAGACUUGCACAAUAUACAGACGCACAUAAACAGCUUGGAUUUGCUGGACAAAGCUCAAGCAAAACAAGCCAUAUUGGCUGAGCAAAAUAGGACUUCACCUUUCCCCAGUGGUGUCCUUACACCACCACAAAGUAGUAAGAAACAGUCUGCUGGACUAAAACCAAUAUGACUAUAGAAAAUGUUGACAGACAAUUUUGCUGAAGUGCCUGUUCUGCUGGUUCUAACUCCUGCUACAUUAUGGAAAUGCUGCCGGUGAAGUUCAUAAGCUUUUAUAGAAUCUGAAAAGGAAAACUUGCCUUUUUUGUGACAGAAGAUUUUUCUAUAUGAAAUAUUUUUAUUGAACUUUAAAAUAUUUUAAAUAAAUGGAUCAAGUACACCAGCCACUUAAAAGAACACCGAAGAGUGCUCCAAAUGCUGCUAAGGAGGGUGAUGCUUGAUGUGACCAACUGUUCAGAAAAAGGGCUUGAAGUUUAGAUUAGUUACUGUGCCUGUCUGUCCUUUGGAAAUCUGGAGUCAUUUUGUCCCCUACUGACAAAUGGGCAUAAAAGUGCUGUGGAAGACUACAUUUCAAAGCCUCUUUUUCAAAUGGUUGGCUUACAACUUGAUGCCUUUUAAAAAUUCUUUAUUGUAAAUGCUGCUAUGUCUCUGUGUAUCCAUUUUUAAUAAAAAUGCUGUCUAAGACAGCUGGUUUUAUAUA